GUUUCGGCGGCUGCUCGGAACCGAAGGCAGACAUGGCGGAGCAGUUUCUGCAGCUGAGCGCAGACGGGAUUCAGAAAACUAUCAUUCACGCCGGAACCGGAGAGCUGCCGUCCUUCUGCGACGGUACCAAGGCCUCGUUUCAUUACCGCACGAGAGAACGAGGGAGAGGGGGGAGAGCAGCGUGUUCCACUGACAGCACGAAGGUAGGCCGGUGUGGGACGAGCGUGCUGAGGGAGAGAGAGAGAGAGGGGGAGAGCAGCGUGUUCCACUGCAGCACGAAGGUAACGAGGGAGAGAGAGAGAGAGGGGGAGAGCAGCGAAUUCCACUGCAGCACGAAGGUAACGAGGGAGAGGGAGGGGGAGAGCAGCGAAUUCCACUGCAGCACGAAGGGAGAGGAGAGAGAGGGGGAGAGCAGCGAAUUCCACUGCAGCACGAAGGUAACGAGGGAGAGAGAGAGAGAGGGGGAGAGCAGCGAAUUCCACUGCAGCACGAAGGUAACGAGGGAGAGGGAGGGGGAGAGCAGCGAAUUCCACUGCAGCACGAAGCACACAGCGCUGUACCCCCUGGUUUCAAAGAGUUUGCGGAACAUUGCUGCUGGCAGGGACCCCCUGGAGGGUCAGAGGCACUGCUGUGGGGUCGCUCAGAUGCACGAGCACCAUUCCCUGGGGUACCCCGACUUGGACGAGCUCCAGAGAGACCCCAAACCCCUCAUCUUCCACAUCGACUUACUGAAGGUUGAGGCCCCUGGCUCGUACCGGCAGGAUCCCUGGGCGAUGUCGGAUGAUGAGAAGCUGGCCGUUGUCCCUUCGAUUCACGAGGAGGGAAACCAGCUUUUCAGAGAGGGGAAGGUGAAGGCUGCCUCCGAGAAAUACCACAACGCCAUCGCCUGCCUCAAGAACCUGCAGAUGAAGGAGAAGCCUGGGGACGAAGCCUGGAUUCGAUUGGACUUGAUGAUCACGCCCCUCCUCCUGAACUACUGCCAGUGCAAACUGCAGCUAGGGGAGUACUAUGAGGUGCUGGAGCACUGCUCCUCUAUACUGAACAAAUACGAAGAUAAUGUGAAGGCCUAUUUCAAGCGUGGGAAGGCCCACGCCGCUGUGUGGAAUGUCAGGGAGGCACAGGCGGAUUUCAACAAAGUUACGGAGCUGGACCCCAGCCUGACCGGCACUGUGAACAGAGAGAGGAGAGCGCUGGAGCAGAGACUUAGAGACAAGAGCCAGGAGGAGAGAGAGAGAUACAGGGGCAUCUUCAUAUAGAGGAGGAGAGAGAGA